AUGGCCAAGGCUGACGCAUCCGACGCCGGUUCCUUUUCCGGUGCCAUGUUCACCUCCGAUCGCCUCAACGAGAUUCACAUCAAGGACCACGUACCUAUCAUCCUCGACCUCGACUCGCCGUCCUACAACGCAUGGCGCACGUACUUCGCGCUGCUGUUCCGCUCUUACCGUCUCAUCGAGCAUGUUGACGGGAGCGUUGACAUCCGCGACAUGAAGGACGACGACGAGUGGCUCGCUGUGGACGCCUGCAUCGUCAAGUGGCUCUUCCUCACCAUCUCCGGCAGCCUCUUCAACAUGGUGAACGCCCGCGAUCCGUCCGCGUAUGCUAUGUGGACGCGCCUGUGUGAUCGAUUCCUCGACAAUCAACUGCAGCGCCGCGUCUUUCUUCAAGGGGAGUUCUUCACUAUGCAGCAAAACGAUCUUUCGAUCGACGAGUACUGCACGCGGCUGAAGGUUCUCACCGAUGAGCUACGCGACGUCGGCAUGACCAUCGAUGACUCGGUCCUCCUCACCAACCUCCUUCGUGGCCUCCACCCCGACCAUGGCCAGUCCGCCGCCAACCUCUCCCUCAUCACGCCAACGUACGCGAAGGCGGUCACAUAUCUUCGCAUGGAGGAAAAGCGUCUCCGUCACACCGCUCGGCAGGCAACCCACGCCGCUCUCCACGUCGGCCUCGGCUCUUCCCCAACCCAGCCGAGGCCGCGCGCUCCCGCUCCUGCCCCGCCACCCGCGCCUGCGCCCUCCAGCGGCCGCAAGCAGAAGGGUCGCGGGGGCCGGGGCCGCAACUCCAACACGACGCCUCGCCCCCUGCGCCCGCGGCGGCUGCACCUCCCCCGCCUUGGCUCUCGGGGUAUAACCCAUGGACGGGAGUAG